AUGAAUUGUGACCAGUCACGUAAAUACAAAAUCGGUGAAAAAAAGAUAUAUAAAUCAGAAGAAAAAGAGUACUUGGCAAAUUUGUCGAAUGAUCGUCGCAUAAAAUGUGAAGUUAUUAAACAAAUUAAAUGUCAACUAACAAGGUUAAAAAGGCUGAAGGCUGAUCCGGUUACAGCAGUAUUUGUGAUUAAAGAUGUCAAGAAAAACAGAAAGACUAGACCGAAAUAUCUCGGGUUAGGAGAGCUCUUCGACAAAGUUAAAAAAGGAGAACCAGCUCUCAGCAGCGAUGAGUUAAAGAAAGUAAAUGGUAUAGACAUGUUAUUCCCAACACAUGAAGAUAUUAUUGAAAACGUUACUUUGGUAACUCCCAGCAAACUAAACAUUGGACCCGGACAUUCCAAGCAACUAGCUGAAAGUCAAAAGAAAAUGCUAGAACAGACGGCAACUGUCCCCUCCAAUGACACUUUAUCAAUUGAUAUUGACUCCCCAAUUCCAAAAAAGAAACAGACCAAAGCAAGCAAAGAAAAAGGUGAAUAA